AUGUGGUCACAAACAUGGAACAACAUCUACAACCUGAUGAUCCCUUUUCCUGACAAGCCCAAUGUAGAUGUGAUGGACACCAUGGUUGCUAAAGGUUAUAAUGCUACUCACAUGUUCCGGGUGGCUGAGGAGUUCUUCACCUCUCUGGGUUUGCUCGAAAUGCCUCCUGAGUUUUGGGACAAGGCCAUGCUGGAGAAACCCACCGACGGAAGGGAUGUGGUCUGCCAUGCCUCUGCCUGGGACUUCUACAACCGCAAAGACUUCAGAAUCAAACAGUGUACCACUGUGACUAUGGAGCAGCUUUUCACCGUGCAUCACGAGAUGGGCCAUGUGGAAUAUUACCUCCAGUACAAAGAGCAGCCGGUCAGCUUCAGGAGAGGAGCCAAUCCUGGCUUCCAUGAGGCCGUAGGAGAUGUGCUGUCUCUGUCUGUGUCCACACCCAAACAUCUCCACACCAUCGGUCUCCUGGACCAACUGACCGAUGAUGCUGAGAGUGACAUCAACUACCUGUUGAAGAUGGCUUUGGAAAAGAUCGCAUUCCUUCCUUUUGGAUACCUUAUUGAUCAGUGGCGCUGGGGUGUGUUUAGUGGACGAACACCGCCUGAACGUUACAAUGCAGAAUGGUGGCACCUCAGGACAAAAUACCAAGGCAUCUGUCCACCAACCAGACGUACAGAGGAGCAUUUUGAUGCUGGAGCGAAAUAUCACAUUCCUGGAAACACACCGUACAUCAGAUACUUUGUGAGCUUCAUUCUGCAGUUCCAGUUCCAUCAGAAAUUAUGUCAGGCUGCUGGACAUACCGGACCUCUGCACAAAUGCGAUAUCUACAGAUCAAGAGAGGCUGGAGCUGUUUUAGAGAAAGUCUUGAAGGCUGGUUCUUCAAAGCCUUGGACAGAAGUGCUACAAGAGGCUCUGGGCACUGACAAAAUGGACGCCAGCCCCCUGAUGAGCUAUUUUGAGCCAGUUACUACCUGGCUGCAGGAACAGAAUGUGAAAACAGGAGAGACGCUGGGCUGGCCUGAUUUUAAUUGGGUGCCACCAGUACCAGAAGGCUACCCUGAAGACAUCGGUAAAAUAACAGAUGAGAUGCUGGCCAAGCAGUUCUUAGAGCAAUACAACAGCACAGCGGAGGAGGUCUGGAAUGCGUACACUGAGGCCUCCUGGACCUACAACACUGACAUCACUGAAGCCAACAAGGAGAUCAUGCUGCAAAAAAACUUGGAGAUGGCCAACCACACAAAGAUCUAUGGACUAGAGGCCCGUAAGUUCGACACCAGCGACUUCCAGGACGAGUCGGUGAAAAGAAUCCUGACCAAACUUAGUGACCUUGAGAGAGCUGCACUUUCUGAAGAUGAUCUUAUAGAGUACAAUAAUUUGCUAGCAUCCAUGGAGACCCUGUACAGUGUAGCCACAGUCUGUAAGGAUCAAUCAACUUGUCUGCCUCUAGAUCCAGAUCUGAAUAAGAUCAUGGCCGAGUCCAGGGAUUAUGACGAGCUGCUGUUCGCCUGGCUGGGUUGGCGUAAUGCCUCGGGCAGAGAGCUCCGCAGCAGCUACAAGAGAUAUGUGGAGCUUGCCAACUUGGCUGCAAAGAGCAAUGGUCACACGGAUAAUGGGGCAUUCUGGCGUUCUCUGUAUGAGACCCCCACCUUUGAAGAGGAUCUGGAAGCCUUGUGGAAAGAUCUAGAACCGCUCUACCUCAACGUUCAUGCCUAUGUGCGCAGGGCACUGUACAAGAAAUACGGACCAGAACGAAUCAACCUUAAAGGACCAAUUCCAGCUCAUCUACUCGGAAAUAUGUGGGCCCAAACGUGGUCUGCCAUCAUGGACCUUGUCAUUCCGUACCCUGAUGCCACACAAGUGGAUGCCACGCCAGCCAUGAUUGCUCAAGGUUGGGACCCCAAGCGGAUGUUCCAGGAAUCGGACCGGUUCUUCACUUCUAUAGGUCUUCUGCCCAUGCCUCCUGAGUUCUGGAACAAGUCCAUGCUGGAAAAGCCAAAAGAUGGACGUGAAGUGGUCUGCCAUGCUUCUGCUUGGGACUUCUACAACCGCAAAGACUUCAGGAUCAAGCAGUGCACGGUGGUGACCAUGGACGACCUCAUCACCGUGCACCACGAGAUGGGCCACGUUCAGUACUUCCUGCAGUAUAAGGAUCAACCCAUCUCUUUCCGCGAUGGCGCCAACCCUGGAUUCCACGAGGCCAUCGGUGACGUACUGGCCCUGUCCGUUUCCACACCUAAACAUCUCCAGAGCAUUGGCCUGCUGGACAAGGUGGAGGACAAUAAAGAAAGCACCAUCAACUUCCUGAUGAGCAUGGCCUUGGAUAAGAUUGCCUUCCUGCCUUUUGGUUACCUAAUGGACCAGUGGAGGUGGAAGGUGUUUGAUGGAAGGAUCUCAAGCUCAGAGUACAACAAAGAGUGGUGGAACCUGAGAAUGAAGUACCAGGGAUUGUGUCCACCUGUACCUUGUCUCAGAUGGAGCUUAAUAUUCCCAUCACUGAACGUGGACUGA